CAGUGGUGGAAGAAGGUGCCACAGAUAGUGCUUGGCUUGUAGUCAGCUGCCUUCCCCUGCUGUGAUUUCUGCUUUGUGCAUCUGUGCCCCAGACUCCUCUCAUGUAGGGGCAUCCCUUGUGCUGCCUGUUCUUUAAAGGCUUCCAGAGACAGGUGCCACUCGGAGAUACCAGGGAGGGAGGCCGUUGUGGGACAUGGCUCCUCUCUCCUGGAGAAGUUGCUUGUCCUUGCCUGAACUUGGAGGGGUGAGACUCAGGAAGACCACUUGGCAGCAGGUAUGCCUCAGGGAUCCCUCCCAGAAAGGAUGGCCUGACACUCCGCCAUGACAGAAAGCUGAGGAAAUCUUGUAGUCAUGCAGCUGUGGAAUGCUUGAUGGUGUGUGAUGAGUGGUGUUUGCCGAGGGCUUGGCUAUGCUUUCAUACCCUCCAGGGAAGCAUGUUUAUAUGUGUGAUGUGAAAUGGGCUGCGGUUUAGGGUUUGGUCCCUGCAGGGCUGGCAUCUGUACCUUAUCUCUGGGCUAGCUGCUGCAGCCUUGGGACUCCUCCCUGCCUAACCUUACACACAUUUUUACAAACCAUGAUUUCAGGGUGAGCCUGUGAGCAAUGGUUUGUUUGGGAGCCAGGAAUAACUUUAGGGUAAGAAACAACUAGAGAAGAUGAAAUGGAUCUUGCCAUGGUAGCUUUACCAAGGAGUGAGGCCCUGCUGCCCUCCUUGGAGGCAGACGGUUGGGGACCCAGGCCAUUGUUCCUGAGUUCCAGGGUGCUCUUCCUCUCUAGGUCUUUGCUGUUCCCUUGUCAGCCUGGCUUGUUCUCUUUCAGUACUGCCCAGUGAGAGACGCUUUCAGGAUGCUGCCAAGAGCAAUGACUUGGACCUGAUGGAGAAGCUGUUUGCGAAGAAGGUUAACAUCAAUGCUGUCAACAGUCCCAGGUCAGAGGGCUGGCUUGCUUUCUCCUCAGAUGAACCGCACAGCCCUUCACUUUGCCGUUGCGAGAAACCAUUUGUCAGCCGUGGACUUCCUGUUGAAUCACAAGGCCAGGGUGGAUAUUGCUGAUAAGCAUGGCCUCACGGUGUUACACCUCGCAGCCUGGUCUGGAAGCCUGGAGACCAUGCUCAUGCUGGUGAAAGCUGGAGCCGACCAGAGAGCCAAGACUCAGGAUGGGAUGAAUGCUCUCCACUUUGCAGCUCAGAGCAACAAUGUGCUGGUUGUGGACUAUCUCAUUCAGGAUCUGCACCUAACUGACCUGAACCAGGCUGACAAGAGAGGAAGAAAACCAUUUCUCUGUGCAGCAGCAAGGGGCCAUGUUGAGAUGAUAGAAAAACUCAUCUUCUUGAAUCUGCAUUCCUCAGAGAAGGACAAGGAGGGAAACACAGCCCUGCACUUGGCCGCAAGGAGUGGACACAGUCCAGCUGUACAGCUGCUGCUGACUCAGUGGCAAGGAGUGGACGAAGUCAAUGAGGAUGGAGAGACGCCCUUCUUCCUGAGUGUCCAGGAGGGUCAUGAAGAAUGCAGCCAAAUACUCCUGGAGGCGGGAAGUGACAUCAACGUUAGAAAUAAGCUCAAUGUCGGGGCCUUGCAGACUGCAGCCCGGAAUGGUCACAAAGCCCUGGUCAACCUCCUUCUGCGGGAGAAUGUGGACCUGUACCCAGGCUCGGGCCCCACAGAGUCCCCUCUGCAUCUAGCAGUGGCCCACAAUCACAUGGCCGUGGUGACCAGCUUACUGCAAGCCCAGCAUGACACCAAUGUCCUCAAUCAGAGGCAGCAGACGCCCCUGCACGUGGCUGCUGACCUUGGGGACGUGGAACUGGUGGAGAUGCUGCUGCAGGCGGGCUGUGACCUGAAGGCUGUGGACAAGCAGGGAAGGACGGCCCUGGCUGUGGCCUCCAGGAGCAGCCACAGCCUGGUGGUGGACAUGAUCAUCAAGGCAGAAAGAUUCUACGCUUGGAGACAGGAGCAUGGUGAGGACCCUGACACCCUGGGCCCUGUGACAUUCAAGCAGGACCACAGCCUGGAGACGAGGCCCAUGCGUACACUGCUCUGGGACCUGGCUUACCGGCAGCUCAGGCCCCGCGAGUGGCAGAGGCUGGCCCGGUGCUGGGACUUCACAGAGGAGCAGAUCAGAGCCAUCGAGCAGCAGUGGGUGGGGAAGGAGAGCUUCCGUGAACAUGGCCACAGGGCCCUGCUCAUCUGGCUGCACGGGUCCUGGCUCAUGCAACCCCACCCUGCCAAGCACCUGCAUGAGGCGUUGGUGCGUGCAGGCCUCCCAGAACUGGCCGAAAAGACUCGUCAAUUAAAAAAUGGAACCAACUCGAACUCCAGGAAAUGCACAGUUUCAUAAAUUCUGAAAGAAGUUGUUCCAUGACUUUCUUUUAAAUUCUGCUCCUCUUAGGCCGUAAAUGUCUUCUGUUGGCACUAACUUUCCUCCCAACCCUGGGACGGUGCUGACCAGGGCCUUGCACAGAUGGACGAGGAGCAACACUGUACACCUCCCAGAUACCCAUGUAGGUUUUGCUUAAGGCUGUUGUCCAUCUGUCACUUAAUGCAGACAUGUGAUCAUCUAGGAGGGUCUACGUACCACAUCUUAGGCUGGCGAUGGCAGCAGAUCUACAGUGUGGCGACCCAGGAGUUUUAGAGACACUUUUGCUGUGGAGUCGCCAUAAAUCCCUGGGCCUGUUGCUGCUGUUCAGGCUGUCAGACCCUUGGCUUCCCUCCCUGGGACUGGGGUUUGCCAAUCAUUACAGCAUGCCUUGGAUGUCACCGUGCCAGCUGCCUCUCCUCAGUGACUCUGGGUUUGGAUCUGGUUGUCAUUUGGCUUACAUCACAUAUAAAUGGAAAGGACCAGAAGUAGACCCAUUGGCAUGUAUUGCCACUUGGUGGUAGAAUGACAUAGUGACCACAUGCUACCCAGAUGAAUGUGGAAUUGGAAUCCCUAAGCCUCAGGCUGAAACCCUCCAUGCUCAACCCCAACCACUGAUAAGUGUGAACAGCCUGCAUCUCAUCUAUGGAUUUGUAAGUCUUGUGCUGACUGGAAACUGCCCACCUAAUGCUGCAAAUGCCCCAGCCAUGAUUCCAAAUCCUAUAUGAUGGCAGAGUGGUCCUGACCCAUCUGCUCAGCAGGGAAGCUUCCAGAGUCCUUGCUGCACCUCUCCCGGCCAGCCGAAAAGCCUCAUGAUGCAAAAACCACCGAAGGCACAGCACUGCUGUCUGCUGCUUCACUCUUAACGUGGAGCAUGGGUUCCCACCACGACCUGCUCACUGAGGUGGGGCCUGACCAUGUGGUUGUGGUUUGCAUGUUGAGAAUCCCUUACUAGCCAGAGACUAGAGUCCUCCAAGCACAGCUGAAGACCCACGUGUGAGCACCCCAGCCCGCUCAGGGUUAGGGUCAGGGUGAAUGGCCCAGGGCUGCUUUCAGGAGGUGAAUGCUGCCUCUGAAGACCAUUACCUGUGCAGAGGGAAGACCACGCUUGCUAGUCAGCAAGGUGUCAUGCUGGGUGGUGGGAGUGGCCCUAGUGGAGCUUGUGGUCUCUGAUGUGCCUGGGAGCAAGUCGCGUGUGAAUUUGCUCAUGAGACACUGCCUGACACUUGUGUACUUCAGAAAACUCUCAUGUCCAUGCUCAGAAAACGCUAUCUGCCUAGUUUUUCUGUCCUAAAAGCACUAUGUGGCAGCAGGGAACUGUUUCCUGGAAUAAAAUAGGGCUCUCUGUCUUCUGUCCCAAGGG